UCGCUAUCCACAUCAAAUCAGAAUAAAACACAACAAAGGAACAUCUGACACAAAAAUGUUAUUCAGCAAAACAAUAACUGAUAGCGACACCAUCUGCCAUUGCCGCCGAUCUGCAGCCGACCGCCGACGAAGCUUUGCUGCCACCGUAGUCUGACACGAAGUGAAGAAAACAGAAUGCAGUUCCACGCAGCUACUCAUUUUCCCGAACCCUGCGCCCGUGUCCAUGGAGCUCCAAUUUUAAGUGCAACGCCGCCGCGGCAGCCCAAAUUACAUCUCUCGCCGGCGGCGGCGGCGGCUUCACUUAAACUCAAGAGACUUCCAAUCCAAUCUCAACUCGAGAAUCCCAUUUUCGUGGUUUCGCCGACGAUAUCAAAACCCAGAUUGGGGCAUCUUCUUUGCGGCAAUUCGUCGAACACUUUGACUACAGAUCAGAAAAAGAGCUGGAUUGAAGUAGUUGGAGAGGCGAUAUCCACUGCUUUUCCGGUGUGGGUGGCGGUGGGCUGUUUGCUGGGGCUCGUGAGACCUAGCUCAUUCAAUUGGGUCCAGCCGAAAUGGACUGUGAUGGGCAUCACACUCACCAUGCUCGGCAUGGGCAUGACUUUGACUUUUGAUGAUCUUCGCGGCGCAUUGGCUAUGCCCAAGGAAUUGUUUACCGGUUUCCUGUUGCAGUAUUCGGUAAUGCCAUUAUCCGCGUAUUUUGUGAGCAGACUCUUAAAUUUGCCAUCCUACUAUGCAGCUGGCCUGAUAUUAGUGGGCUGUUGUCCUGGAGGGACGGCAAGUAAUAUUGUUACAUACAUUGCACGUGGGAAUGUGGCUCUCUCUGUGUUGAUGACUGCUGCAAGUACCCUUUCUGCAGUGAUUAUGACACCUUUUCUCACAGCAAAACUUGCUGGGCAAUAUGUUGCUGUCGAUGCAAUGGGUCUGUUCAUGUCAACUUUGCAGGUUGUGCUUCUUCCAGUAUUAGCUGGUGCAUUUCUGAAUCAAUACUUUCAAGGAUUCGUUAGAGUUGUUAGUCCGUUAAUGCCGCCUAUAGCUGUAGCAACAGUAGCAGUUCUUUGCGGGAAUGCAAUCGCUCAGAGUUCGUCUGCAAUUCUCCACUCCGGCCAACAAGUGGUCCUAGCUGUUGCUCUUCUUCACACAUUCGGGUUUUUCUUCGGUUACGCACUUUCAAGAACGCUUGGGAUUGAUGUUUCCUCUUCAAGAACUAUUUCCAUUGAAGUUGGCAUGCAGAACUCGGUACUGGGAGUAGUGCUGGCCACCCAACACUUUGGGAAUCCAUUGACUGCAGUGCCGUGUGCCGUUUCUAGUGUGUGUCACUCCAUAUUUGGCAGUGCUUUGGCCGGAAUUUGGAGACGUAGCAUUCCUACAAAUACUCAAGAGAAAGAAGAUUAAGUAAACCGAGUAGUAUUUACGUUUAUGUUCUUUUUUCAGCCUCUGAUAUGAACUCUACUACAUCUUCUAUGUUUUGGUGCUUUUAGUUUUCGAAGACUCAAACAAUAAUGUAUUUAGACGUCGGACCAAUAAUUUUUAUCAAUAGGCGAGUUUACAAAAAUUUAUCAAUCGAUUCGACGGCAUAUUAUACGCUGUUGCCUGUUUUGUUCUUGUUUCAGUGUCAAGAUUCUGAUUAUUUUAUUUAUUUAUUUAUUUUAAUUUUUUUGGCUGA